AUGUCGUCCCGCCAGGAUCAGAUCGAUGCUCCAAGUCAUCCUCCCCGUACCAACCUCACUACCCUGCCCGAGGAGCUCUUGCUCCAGAUCUCCCUCCUUCUCGACAAACCCACCGCUCUCAGUCUCGCCAGAGUCCACCCAUCCCUGACUUUCACCGCCCGCACUCGCUUAUGGUCGGACGUCGACCUCUCGGUGAACCCACACUAUGGCGAGAUGCCGCUUCCUCUCCACGAGGAUGACGAACCGUACUCGUGGCUGGAUUAUACCGACCUGGGUAACCACCCUUUGCGUCAUCGCGAACCCGCUCUCGCGGCCGACCGGCUGCAUCAGGCCGGGCUGAGAAAGAAGGUAGAGGCGAUUUGUGGGCGGGCGGCGGCGGAAGGAGGGCGCUGGGAGCUGGUCCGGCAUCUCAAGCUGGGACCAAGGCCCAAGGCGGCGCAAGGGGAGCUCAAGAUCCUCCAGAAGGUCGCAUCGCGGCUGCGCACGCUCAGCUUCGUCCAGUCACCGUACGUCGUACGCAAAGCCGACCACUGGCGGAUCUACGACGACGGCGCGGGCGAGCAUCAGGUCCUAGAAUACCAGCUGCUGGUCACACAGCUUCACCUCCCUAUGCUCACCCACGUCCAUCUCGGCCCCGGCUCCAUCCAGUACGCGGAGAUCCUUUACAUCCUCUCCGAUGCGUCUCCCAAUCUCACGUCGCUCGAUGCUCACCUCGGUUUUGAGGUGCUCGUGCCCCGUCCUGAUCAAACGGCCUUUCCGGAUAUGGUACGAGAUAGCAACAUCCGGACGCUACGACUCCAACUCGCAUAUCGAAACUACACGCAAAUCAGAGGUACGGGGGCAGAACGCAGGGAAACGGUGGAUGCUGGGUGUGAGGACAUCACCAAUCACCCAGCCAUCGUCCUCCUUCGGCGCUGUUCGCGCCUUGAGCGACUCAUACUCCCAUACUUUCGAAAGGGGGACCCUGUCUCUUUAUUUUACUACUAUAGCAACCGCCUCUUCUCAACUGCCCGGAAACUCCCCAAACUCCGCGAACUGCGGUGGGACGGCGGCCAGUCUCACCAGGACGAGGAACACACCUUGCCUGGGGUUGCCGGUUUUCCGGAGCUCGAGUUGCUAGUCUAUACCGACAUGCGCACGUGGAUCGAUGUCCUCAUACAAGAGGUACCUCCAUGCCCGAAGCUGCAAAUCCUCGCCUUUCCUCAUGCAUCGCGACACGGAAGCGGCAAUCACCUGAAUCCUGAUAAGGACGGUCCGUCCGAAAACGGGAUCGAAAUCGAGCACAUGCCUAAUGGUCUCGCCCGUGGACUGCUUGGCUGUCCCGAGCUGCAUACCAUCCGCUCGCGGCACAUUGUCACUGAUGACCCGGACGCGGACUUAUUCGCCCCUCCCACCGAUUCUAUCCCACCUGAGGAUCAUAUCAUCGGCGUUGUGCGGUCCCUCCGCAAUGGGGACAAGGAGCUCCUUUACAUCCGCAUCUACCUCGAGCGAGAAAUCCGCCCGAAAUCGUGGGAGAAGACACCGCCGGAGUGGCGGCAUUUCACCGAGUACGAGGGCGCAACUGUGCCUCUCGAAAUCAUCAAGAAGGUGUUGGCUACGGAAGGGCUGGAUUUGGCGGACUGGGAAGGGCGAGGGUUGGAGGUGGGGGAUGUCCCGUGGCAGGUUUUAAGGGAUUGGAGGGAGGAUCUUGAUGCUAUCAGCUUGCCGGAACGGGCCGGGUCGGCGGGAUUGAGACUGGUCUAUGUUCCGCCCCAUUUCGGUCCGAUGACUUUAUGUUUCGCAAAUGUGUAUAACACCAGCAAAUGUGUAUAA